GUCUCUCUAUCCAACCAAUCGCCUGCCAUCUCGGCACUGACGGCGGAGUCGAGGCGGCAAUUUCCGACUUAAUUUCCGCUGCGUCCACUUGGAGCAAACAUGGCCAGUGUCCUAGCGCGUGGUUUAUUACCGGCUGGCUCCACCGGCUCCGGCAUGCAUUUGAUACACUGACGGGCGGGCUGCGGGCGGUUUUUAUUGACCCGCGUGCCGUGUUCUUUCCCCCUACGCGCAUGUGACGAAAUACCAAGAGAAGCGAGCGAAGGAGACGGGGAGAAACGAGACAUCGGCAGGGCAGGUUUUGGUUUACCUCUCGGUACCGAGACGUAUAUAGCGCUCGAUGAAAUCCUGGUUUUAAUGAGCUGAGAGCCGGGCACGCAGCAACAAGUUGUUAUACGCUGCCGUGGCAUCGUUAUCUUGACUGUUGUGGAUAUAUGUAAAUUAGGCACUGAUGAAAAUGCUUUACUGUCAUAAAUAAAAAACAGUGGGCUAGACAGUGGAGUUAAACCGUAUGUCAUCGACUGAAGGCUGCGUCACUGUCUGUUGAACGGACUCUUAAAAUCUUACGAACUGAAUCCAUGUUUCGGCGUCUUCACACUCUGCGAAAAGAAACUCUUUUUUUCAAAUCCUUGAGAGGGGUGGGCAACUUCAUCAGAGGCGUUCGUGUGACGAAUGCCUGCCUGUGAUGUGGCUUCCUCGAUCGGUUUACUUCGUAAGACAGUAAGUGAGUAGAGUCGGCUGAAAGGAACUGCCUGUUUUCCCGACUGCGCCAAUCAUGAUGGACUCGGAGAAGCAGGUGUCGGUGCCAGUGUACGAAAACUUUCGUGCGUCGCUCCACUACAGGUGGCGGGACUUCAGCGCAAUGGAGUGCAUCAGAAAUCUCCGGCAGUCGCGUCGACUGGUGCUGUUCAUCGUGUUUGUGGCCCUCCUGCUCGACAACACGCUCAUGACGGUGGUUGUGCCGAUUCUGCCGGACUACAUCUUCGCGCAAGAACACCCGGAGUACGUGAACGGGCGGCUAAUGUCAGAGUACAACAGAAGCAACUGCACUCAGUUACCUACGGAGCACCUGUCGUCCAUGGACACAGCAGACCCCAUGUGGAUUGAUGAGUGUAACGUCAACGGUACCUCCGCCACCAUGAGCCCUGAAGAGAAGCUAGAGUACAGACUGUUACUGCGUCACGCGAAUCUCAAAGUGGGGAUACUGUUCGCCUCCAAGGCGAUCGUCCAGCUUAUCACAAACCCUUUCGUGGGGCCCCUGACCAAUAGAGUUGGUUACAGCAUACCGAUGUUCACUGGGUUCGUCAUCAUGUUUGUAUCAACAUUAGUAUUCGCAUUUGGUCAGUCGUACUGGUUACUGAUUGUUGCUCGGAUGAUACAAGGGAUCGGUUCUUCAUGUUCGUCGGUGGCAGGAAUGGGGAUGCUUGCCCAGCGGUAUCCGGGCUAUGAGGAGAGAGGAGCUGCCAUGGGGAUCGCUCUGGCCGGUCUGGCCUUCGGUGUGCUAAUUGGGCCACCUUUCGGAGGGGCGAUGUAUCAGUUCGUUGGGAAGGAGUCGGCUUUCCUAGUACUGGCGGCAUUGGCUCUAGCUGAUGGGUUUUUGCAGUUGCUUGUGCUAAAUCCUGGUAUAAACAAAGAAACCGAGAUGGAGGGAACUUCACUGUUAACCCUUCUACGAGAUCCCUACAUUUUAGUUGCAGCAGGAGCUAUAACAUUCGGCAAUAUGGGAAUAGCCCUACUAGAGCCAUCACUGCCGCUAUGGAUGCUAGAUCGUAUGCAUAACCCAUCCAACUGGGAAAUUGGUGCUAUUUUCAUACCUUCCAGCAUCUCCUAUCUGAUUAGUACUAACAUCUUUGGGCCCCUUGGACACAAAAUAGGCAGGUGGCUGUCGUCGUUACUGGGUAUGGUACUGGCGGGUCUUGCAAUACUCGUGAUUCCGUUUGCUAAGGAACUUGGUCAUCUCGUGGUGCCGAAUUUCGCGUUAGGAUUCGCAAUAGGAAUGGUUGAUGCUACCAUUUUGCCGAUCAUGGGUCAUCUGGUCGACAUACGGCACGUGUCGGUCUACGGCAGCAUCUACGCAAUCGCCGAUGUGGCGUUCUGCAUAGGCUUUGCUGUGGGUCCGUCCUUGAGUGCAGCAAUAGUGCAAGCAGUCGGAUUCACAUGGUUGUUGAGGAUCGUAGCCAUUCUAAGCUUUCUCUACGCCCCCUUGUGCUACUUCUUGAGAGAUCCACCGAGAAGAGAGGAUAAAUUGGGGAUAUUGAUGGAGGAGAGGUUACCUGUGUCGUACACGACUCACAAACAGACCGACUACCAGACUAUGGAGGAGGAUGAAACACAGAGGGAAUAAAGGAACGUAAUUUAGAAAGCCACCAAUAGUAGGGGGAAAAACUAAAUCAAAUGCCGAAUUUGUGUCUACUCGUCUACUUAUUUUUUUGUGUCAGCUUUAACUACCGUUUAGAUUAUCUGUAUAUACUUGCAAACGAUAUUAGAAAUAUUUGGUUAUAGUAGACUUUUACGAUGGAUGAACCAGCGGUGAAAUUCUGAAUGGAUGCGCGAUGGUGAGAGAGUGUGUCAAAUGAAGACGAAUAAGGAUAUAACUUGUGAAAUUGCGAAGAAGUCAGUAAUGCGAUGAAGUACCUACACAAGGCAAAUGUUACAAGAAACCCCCUUAAAACAACAACAGCAACAACAGCAACAACAACAACAACAGCAACUACAACAACAACAACAACAAGAAGUACCAGUCGAUUUACAGGCACGAGUGCGACUUUCGUCAGCCCAUGUUGGUAUGAUAAAAUUUUACUUUCAUUGACAAUUUUCAUUGAGUUGUAUUUGAGCGGUGGAAAAAUCAAGUCAGGUUACAGGAGAUGACCGAUGAUAAAGAACAGCCCCUCGUCACAGAUAUAAUAAACUGACAUGCGUGUUGACCAUCUUAACUCAAAUCACUGGUCAAUAGACCUCAGACAUCAUGACGUCACGCUUUGUUUACAUGUGUGCCUUCCUAUGGAAGCCAGGUGGGGACAGAACCAAUCGUCCCCAACUGGCUCCCAUAGGCAAGCGCACAUGCAAACAAGGCGUGACGUCAUUAUGUCUUAGGUCAAUCACAACUUAAAUCAGAAGGAAUUGCCACAAUUAGGCCUAUUGGGAUGAACAAUGACAAAGAAUAGUAAGUGGUUAUGAAAGAAUAUGGCUGAGAGAAAGUGUUAAAAGUUCAGGGUCGUUUUUGACCUGAAAUUCAGGUCAGAUUUGACCCCAUUAUUUUAAGGAUCAAAAUAACACUUUUGUGGACCAGAAUUUCGCCCAGAUAUCCAGGUCGACUCUUACCCGGACAGUAUAAAUCUUGAAUCUGAAAAUGGUCAGGUUAACUCUGACCCGAGACAUUAAAGAGUGGAGAGUGAGUUGAUGGGAGUCACGAGUGAGUUGAUGGGAGUCAAGACAAAAGUUAACGAAGCACGAAUGAGUGAAGAUGAAGAAGCACCGGGAGUACAGUAUAAGAGAGUUAGGCUGGAGAAUGAAGGAAGAAGCAGUUGACGGUUUGAGAGGGAACGUGCUUGAGAAAAUUGUAGAGAGUUUUGAGUAUUAAGCCAUAUGUAUACACUCUAAAAGGUGCUGGGUCAGAUUUUGAGCGGGAAUCCGGGUCUUAUUAAAUGUGACCUGCCAUUGCAUAAUGAGGAACAACCCCCACCAUUGACUUUUCACGUUAUGUACAUCAUAUCAAAGCGCAAAUCAUUCGCUUUCCAAUGAUUCCAAAUUUAUUUCUGUAUCUUAAUUUAUUCUAAAGAUAUGUUGCAGGAACUUCAACAGUGUCCUGCUAAAUUUCGCUAACCUCAUUUUGAGAAAAACGGCUUUGAAAAAAAAAAGACACGCAUUGCGCCGCCAAUAACAGUGAAAAACGGUCUUCAGUUUUUCCACUUUUGAGGGUAUUUUUCCCAACCAAAAUGCAUAGUGUGAAUCUUGGAUACCUUGGCUACUCAAAAAUACAAAACAAUCAAUAUCGAUUUUGACAUGAUUUUCCAGUAUAUCCGACUCCAGGCGUCGAUUACUCAAAACAAGGUUUUGGGGACAUUCCUAAUUUUGCCUUUUUGAUUGGAAGCUUUUCGGAGUAAAAACACGUUUCUGUGACAAAAUUACAUUUUUGCUGCAGAAGAUGAUCCACAGAUGUGUCAUUUUACCCGAAAAAGAGUGUCAAAUCUGACUUGCGCUAUUUUAGAGUGCAGGAUUUACGCGAGGAGCGGGCGAUGUUCCGCUAAAACCAAAUUUGGGAACAAGGAAUCACCGCAGAUCAUCCAGUUGACGGAAUUUAGAAAAGCGGGGGAGGUGGCUCUAUAAUAGCUUUGCACAUGAAACUUGUUAUAUGUAGAUACAUGUAUUGGCAUGUGAAGUCCAUUUCCGACAGCUUAGCCUAUUGUCAUGCAAACUUAACUUUGGUUUGUCAUGGGUAGUAUUGCCAAGGGGAAUGUUUGAAGGAAAUACGUACGGCACUUGUUUACAAAAGAGCCCUUCGUAAACCCCCAGCCCCGCCCUCGCUAGUUGAUGCUGAAUUGGAUUCUGUUGAGAAGGUAAAAUAAAUGACUGAUAGAUGUAUUGGAUGUACAAUGUAUGUGUUACUUGGAAAGGGAGGGGGAUUUUAAUCCAGAAUAAGAUUGCUAUCGUAAUUCUCAGUAAUUCACUUAACCGAAUAAUGCACGCUGAUAUGGAAAUUGGUACUCUGCUACCGUCAACUACUCCACAGAUGUUUUGCGUAUCAUGAAUGUUUUGCUAGCUUUGCAUAUCAUUAAGUUGUGUCAGUUUCUGUAUCAGUAGCCUUCUUUUGAGGUGUUGUACAUAAUGCCUGAGUUGUUGUGGGUCAAUAACAUUUGGCGCUAAAUAUUUUUUGUUUGUGUAUUCGUGUAACCGUAUCAUAAAACUUCAACUCAGAAUGAUAACUGAAUAUUAAAUUAUGUGAAGAUUAUACUUCACCAUGUGCAGUGUCCAAGA